UGGUCACAGAGCUGCAUCCCUCCCAGAGAAGACAGCCCUGGCGAUGGUGACCAGCCUGUAAAAGAGGAACAGGAAAACACGGCCAGAGAGCUGCUCUGGGGCACUGUCAGCUCCGUGAACAAUGUUUGACCCCAGCGUUUUGGAUGUCCCAGCAGUAAUCUUUGACAAUGGGUCUGGCUUAUGCAAGGCAGGUAUCGCAGGUGACAGUGCCCCAAGGUCUGUUAUCACGGCAAUUGUUGGUCGCUCAAAAGCCAAGUCUACAAUGCUUGGAGCUGGGAUGAAAGAAUACUAUGUUGGAGAAGAAGCUCAGUCCAAAAGAGGGAUCCUAUCCUUGAAUUACCCGAUUGACCAUGGCAUAGUUACCUCCUGGGAUGACAUGGAAAGGAUCUGGAGACACGUCUAUGAGUACGAGCUAAGAAUCAAAGCCACUGAAAGGCCAGUGCUGUUGACAGAAGCCCCCCUGAAUCCUCUGCAGAACCGGGAGAAAAUGACAGAGAUCAUGUUUGAAGGCUUCAUGGUGCCCGCUAUGUACGUGGCAGUCCAGGCAGCUCUGGCACUUUAUGCCUCAGCCCGCACCACCGGGAUCGUCAUGGACAGUGGGGACGGUGUCACCCACACUGUCCCCAUUUAUGAAGGGUACUGCCUGCCCCAUGCUGUCACCAGGCUGGAUAUUGCUGGCCGGGAUAUCACCGAAUAUUUCAUGAGGCUUCUUCUGGAGAGCGGGCACUCUUUUGUUAGCACAGCUGAAAGGGAAAUCGUGAGAGAUAUCAAAGAGAAGCUGUGCUACAUAGCUUUAGACCCCAUCCAGGAAAUGAAAGCAAAGCCUGAAGAAAUCAUGAAAGAAUACAGAUUACCUGACAGCAAUGUCAUUCAGAUAGGCAGCCAGCUCUUCCGUGCACCAGAGGUCCUCUUUGUGCCUGCAAACAUCGGCAUCGAAGCACCCGGUGUGCACAAAAUGAUCUUCAACAGCGUCAUGAAGUGUGACAUCGACGUGCGCAGGAAUCUCUACGCCAACGUCCUGCUCUCGGGUGGCUCCACGCUCUUCCCCGGCCUGGAGGAGCGGAUCCUGAGGGAGAUGCACCUCCAAGUGCCUGCAGGCAUGUUCGUGAGGAUCGUUGCCCCCCCCGAGAGAAAAUACAGCGUGUGGAUCGGGGCCUCCGUCCUCACCUGCCUGACGUCUUUCAAGCAAAUGUGGGUCACCGUGAGCGACUACAAGGACUUUGGGGCAGCUGUCAUCCAUCGGAAAUGCUUCUAAGGAGACUGUCAGACCAAGCAAAUGUCUUGCUGCAACAAAGCACGAGCAAGAAACCCUGGCGAGGGCUGACUAAACCAAAAGGUGCCACAGCAGGUCGUGUGUUUACUGGCUGACAAAACCUUUAUGGAGAUAAAACAUUAAAAGAAUUGGUAACCAGGGCAUCGAGCCUUCUUAGCGUUCAUCGCCUCCAAGGGGAGCGCUGUGUGUUCCCACCUCCCUCGUGCCCCAGCCUGGAGCCUCGUUUGUCCGCACGCGCUCUUCCAGCCCCUGCCUUGUGCCUGGGGAGCUCAGGCUGUGACACUGCAGCCUUGCUGCUUCCUCGCCCCAGCCUCACAGGGUAGCCUAGAGUGAUCAGGGCCACUGCCACUAUUUCCACAGCACUCCUACCCCCAGCCACUCUUGCUUAUGUCAUCAGAUUAGUAAUGGAAUUAAUGUGUACUAAUGGGGAGAGUGGGAGAAGUCCUGUGAGAGGCUGGUUUUGAACUUCACAUUAACAAUUCCAGCAGUUUUCCAGCAGCAGCUUCUACACAAAUUUAGUCUGGAUUCUGUGCUUUUUAAAACUUCCUUUUCCUUUUCCUCUUCCUUU